GGCUCCAGCCUGGGUGGGGAGUUGUCAUAGCGCCGCCGCCGCGCGGGGCGGAGGGGGAGGUUCGGUGCAGCCGCGCGCGCCGUCCCCGACCCCUUCCCCUCCCCCACCCCUCCCGCAGGGGCGGGCCCGGGCCGGGCCAUACCGGAGACACCCCGCUCCCGGGAGCGAGGGGCAGAGCAGUUAUUAUGUGGGCAACCUGUUGUAACUGGUUUUGUCUGGAUGGACAACCUGAGGAGAUGCAGCAGCGGCCGCAGCAGGGUGCCAGACCCCAGGCAUAUUCCAACCCGGGUUACAGCUCCUACCCAUCUCCUACAGGUUCUGAACAGAACUGCAAGGCAUGUGGGGUGCACUUCGAAAAUUCCUCCAGGAAGCACAUCUGCUUUGACUGUAAAAAGAAUUUUUGCACUUCCUGUUCAAGCCAGCCUGAAAGCAGUCCCCUUCUCUGCCAUCUCUGUCAGCGGUUCCAAGCCACAGCCUUUCAGCGGGAGGAGUUGAUAAAGAUGAAGGUGAAGGAUCUACGCGACUAUCUGGCACUCCACGAGGUUUCCACAGAGUUGUGCCGUGAAAAGGAAGACCUGGUGAUUCUGAUUCUUGGGCAGCAGCCUGUAAUCACCCAGGAGGAUAGAAUACGAAUCCCGCCAUUAAACUCUGGCACAUCUGGACAGCAGAGCUUCGUUGUUCUGCCACAGACUAGCACAGCAUCUUCUACCUCACAUGAUGCCUCUCCAAUGUCUGCAGACUCCAUCUUGAGUCCAGUAACUCAGGAACAUCAACAGGCAAAUGGCCACGUGCCUCCGAGCCAAGACGAUAUGACAGAAAUUGAGAAUGCAGCAGAAGCACCAACAGAGGAGGAGACACAGUCUGUUGACUCGGAGGAUAACCUGGUGCAGGGACGGAGGGCCUCUCUUUCUGACCUAACCAGUGUUGGAGACAUUGAUGCGCUCUCUGUGCGACAGCUGAAGGAAAUCCUGGCUCGCAACUUUGUCAACUAUAAAGGCUGCUGUGAGAAGUGGGAGCUGAUGGAGAGGGUGACCCGUCUUUAUAAAGAGAAAGACCUUCAGCAUCUGGUUUCUGACACGGAUGAUCAAAAUGUUUCCUCAGGCAGUGCUGGGCUCCCUAGCACUGAAGAGAAUCUCUGCAAAAUCUGCAUGGACUCACCCAUUGACUGUGUCCUGUUAGAAUGUGGCCACAUGGUCACCUGCACCAAGUGUGGAAAGCGCAUGAGUGAGUGUCCCAUAUGCAGGCAGUAUGUGAUAAGAGCUGUCCAUGUAUUUAAGUCCUGAGUGAGCAGCAGGAAGACCAGUGUUGCCUUAAAGCCUCAUCUGCUGUUAGAGACGGUCAAAAUCUCUACAGGUAGGUCAGAGACUGGCACGUCAGACCUCACAAGAAACCUGAAGUUCAUAGGCGAGAUGAGGAACUUGGGGAAUUGUUCUGAUUGAAGCCAUUGACUGGCUGUGCCCUUCACACCACAGUGCUUUACCCUGCAGUGCCUAGACUCCGGGAGCCCACUGGCCGCAGCAGACACAGACAUCAUUAACAGCUUGCAUUCUGGGCUAGCUUGAUCAACUGCUGAUGUGGGACAAAUAAUCACUUGGCUUUCCAAGACUAACACCAGAUUCUGAGGCUUAUUUCCUCCACAGUAAUAAAGAAGGUGGACUGCGGUUUUGGCACAUGACGUUUUCUUUUGUUUUGCUGCUACUGAAUUCGCCCGUUCUGGUUCCCUCUUUAAUUGACUCUGUUCCAGGCCACACCUCCGCUGAUACUUUUAUUUUCAGGGAACAAAAUCUUAUUGGGCUGGUUCCCUCUCCCUACGUUUUUUUUUUUUGGUUGGGAAUGUGUAACUUUAUUUUUCUCUCUAGUUCCUUAUGCUUGCAGGCCAGGCUGAACUUUUCUCCUCUCUGUUGCCUUUAGCUUUUUCAUAUCCAGAAUUAUUUUCUAAGCCUAGCCCUGUAAGAGCAUGGUGAAACAGUCACUAUUGCUACACACUAAUAUGAAAAGGAAGCAGGACUUCAUACUGUUAAAGAUACAUUCUUUCCCUUUGAAAGAUAAGAGGCAGUGAAGUCGCUUAGGGCAUAGAGCCUCCGCUUGAAGCUUACCCAGCAUAGACCGUGUUUGUCUCCCUCCCUUGGGUUAUUCUUUGUUAUAACACCAUGGGAUGGUGUGUCGCCUGCAAGGUACGCAAGCAAUCCCUGUAUAACUGAACUGGCUGUAGAGUCAACCUCCUCCAGUGCCUAACGUUGGGGCCUUGAGGCACUAGUCCCCUACAAUGCAUUGCUUUGCUUGAACGCUAGUGGAAACCACUAUGGCUGGAGUAGUGUGAUUUUGGUCUAGCACUGCCUACGCUCCUAACAAGGAGUGGGGAGACAUUUCAAUGGUGAAGCCCUCAGCGGUGUAGUCUUAUCAUGACCUCCUAAGGCCUAGAGAUGAAGCUGUCAAAGAGAGAGAGACUGAAGUUUGGAGGAAAGUGUAGGAUGACUUUUCCUACUGUGAAUCUCUAGAGCUGGGUUGUGUAUUUUCAGUCUCAUUUCUUGCUGUCUGCUGAUUUGAUGAAGAUAGUGAUCAGUCCCCAGCCUUCCUUUUUCCGCCUGUUUACCAAUUCACCGUUCCACAGUCCUGAUGCGUUGCCAAAUAUGCAAAGACUGUUUUGCUGAAGAGCACAAGAUAACGUCUCCCUUUUCCUUUUAUGGGGAUGAGGCUAUAGAUUCACUGGGCCAAAGAAUUCUACAAGGUAGACAGGGGCCAUCGCGCACAAGCUGUUCAUGACACCUGUGGGUUAGAAAGGCUCAGGGGAGCUAGUGCAUUGUUUUUCCCCCUCUAUGGAGCAUUAAACAGUGAUCUUACAAGGUAUCCUGGAAAUACUCCAUUCUGAACUGCCAGAAAAAUAAUCACUUUCAAAAUCAUCCUAUUAUGCCUUAAAUAAGACUUUUUUUCCCAGCUAAAUCAUGCUUACACUAGUGUCUGAUCCCAUCCCAAAAGGCUACUGGAGCCAUUUAAGGCUUAGCAGUUGCUUCAGACUGUUUUUCACACAUAGCUGUAGGCCUUACUAUAAUAAUGUCAGAACUACUCAUGUAAGCGCUUGGGUAUUCAGAAGGAAUGUGUGUGUGCACGCAUACGUGGUACGGUAUUGGGCCAGGCACAGCAGCAAUAUACAAACAUUUCUGUUUGCCCACUCGAGUAAGAGUGGGACAUUCCUAGGCUCUGCAGCACUAGAUAAGCAUGUAAAGAAGCAGCCUCUAUUGAUGUAUCUAUGCACACUUGUAACAGCUGUUAAUCUUAAGUAACUGCAAAUUUAUGUAAUCUUUGCAACUAUUUAACAGUGCUGUACAACAGUAGUAAAUGCCUCUGCUGCAAGAAAUGCAUGGCCUGCGUGAGGAGGGUCUUUUCUUACGGAGUAGCAUUCACAUAUUUAAAGGAAGCUUUACCUCUGCACUGUGAUCUGCAGCACCUGCACUGUAGAGAGGGCCCUUACUUUUAUUGGGGGUGAUUCCUGUAGAGGAAAGACAGGAGCCUAACCUUGGCUCGGGGAUCUAUGCCUUUGCCCCUUCUUUCUGUGUUUCUCUUCAUUUCCUGUUAAUAGAGCUGCUACUUCUGGACAUUCUGACGUGUGUUAUAAUCUCUGGCUCAAGGUCUAGCAUAGACUUUCUUAAGCAGAGGGGUAUUGACACCCUCAUUAUGCCAGCAGCUAAAUUGUAUUAAGUUAAAUAUUUUUCCCAUGUAAGUAAUUGCUGUAGUUACUAUUGAGCUGUUCAGUCAUGAAUGGGAAGAGGUUGUUUACAUAUGGGCUAAACUUAUGAACCCCACUAUCACAUUCACUGUGAAAAAUGCAUCUACAGUAACCAUGGUCAGCAAUAACGGUAGGAGAGGGGGCUUAGGUGGGGAAGACACUUUCCCUGUUGAGUGAGCAAAUUUACUAUGUCUGCCUCUGUUCUACAGCAGAAAGGCCCCAGUGCAGAUCAGUCUCUGCAGGGAUGACUAAGAAUGAGAUGUACACACACCCCUCACGCUUGCAAUUUGCCUUCCUUUUCCCAUUGCAAAAAAUGAUUCUUUGCUGUGGGGGUGACUGAUAGGAUUUAUUUUGAAGUUUAA